AUGCCGGACGUCAGUGUUGCGAAAUUAAUGGAGUUCGUCGACGGCGCGCAGUUCGACGACUCCGAAUGGCGGCAAAAAAUUCGAGAUUUUGUGGUUUCCCAACAGGCUUCUAGUGUAAAAACGACGAGAACGCCACUAUUUUCAGUGGGAGAAGACGAUUUAUCCGAUGAGGAUAAUUCAGCGUCAAAUCGCGUUGUUGAGACGAAAGACGUCGGAAUUCAAUGCGCUGUCGAUGAAGACGUCGAGAUUUCGAGCGGGAAUCGAUGUUUCGACAAGAUAAAAGAGGAUUGGAAGAAUAAGAAGCGUGUGACUCCAGGCGAGGCGCUUCGACUACUAAAACAGAACGAAAUCAAGCAUCGCGAGCUGGAAUAUAAUCUACAGGGUGUCGAUGCGAUAGCAGUGAGAAGGGCGUUCCUCAAAAUUGCGUUGCCUCAAUUGCCGUUCAAAAAUUAUGAUUAUCAGCUAGUCACAAAUUGCUGCUGUGAGAAUGUUAUUGGCUAUAUACCGGUACCUGUUGGCCUCGCGGGACCACUACACCUUAAUGACAAGAAUGAUAUUUACGUUCCGAUGGCGACAACCGAAGGAGCAUUGAUAGCAUCGACGAAUCGAGGAAUGUCGGCGAUUCGGCUAGCCGGCGGCGUUCAAGCGACAGUUUUCGCGCACGGAAUGUCGCGAGCACCAGUCGUGAAGCUCAAAACGGCUGUCGAAGCAGUAAAAUUCAAACGUUGGGUCGAAGAGCACAUGGAGAAGGUUCGUUGCGAAUUUGAGAGCACCAGUCGAUACGCGCGCCUCACUUCUGUCGACAUCACCGUUGAUGGCAAUUUGGUGUUUUUGCGGUUCGUCGCUGGCACUGGCGACGCGAUGGGCAUGAAUAUGAUAUCAAAAGGAUGCCAUCAGGCGAUGAACUACAUUGCUCGCAAAUAUCCGAACAUGGAAGUCGUCUCAUUGAGCGGAAAUUAUUGUGUCGACAAGAAGGCGGCGGCGAUCAAUUGGACGCAGGGUCGCGGUCGGUCGGUUGUCGCCGAUUGCGUUAUUCCGAAUCGUGUCGUCGCGAAAAUUUUGAAGACGACGCCGGCGAGUAUUGCGGCUGCGGCGACGGCGAAACUUCAAGUCGGCUCGUCGCGAGCCGGCAGCAUCGGCGGCUCGAACGCGCACGCCGCCAACAUUGUGGCGGCGAUAUUCAUCGCGACCGGUCAAGACGCGGCGCAAGUCGUUUCGUCGUCGAUGUGCUCGACGCGAAUGGAGGUCGACGACAACGGCGAUUUGUACGUCUCGUGCACACUACCGUGUGUCGAGGUCGGCACGGUUGGCGGCGGAACGGUGCUCGGACCGCAAGGCGAAUGCCUCAAACUUCUGAAUUGCCUUGGCUCGUCGCCAAUCUACGGCCGCAACGGCGACACGCUAGCCGAAGUGAUCGCCGGAACCGUGUUGGCCGCCGAAAUCUCGCUGAUGGCGGCGCUAGUCACCGAUGAUCUCGUCUCGAGUCAUAUGAAGCUCAACAGGUCGAAAAUCCAAUUAUACGACAACGCGAAUGAGAGAUCGAAGCUCGACGAGGAUAUUGAGAAGGCGGAACACUUGAAAAUCGGCAAGGGCAACAUAAAGCUGAAGCGAAUGCCGCAGGAGAUGGUCCAGUGCUCGAACAUCCUCUAA